UGAAGGGACUGGCACAGCAGGGAGUGAAAAGCCAGACACUCAAAACCUGCUUUGCAUUAUACACACUGAUCAGACUCCCUCAAACUUCUCCGCUGUCAGGAUUUUGCAAGGAUAGUUUGGACUUGUGAAAUGGAAUCUAAUGCUGGGGAAGAGGGCAUUCAUUUUCAGAGUUAUCCAUUUGAUUUUCUAGAAUUCCUGAAUCAUCAGCGUUUUGAACCUUUGGAAUUGUACAACCACCAUGAUCAUGCCAAAGCAGUAACAGCUAUUCCUGGCCCUUCAACCCAGUACGAUUACUGCAGUCAAACACAGUCAAAUCACACUCAGUUUCCCUGUUCCUCCAAGCUAAAAGAAUUUAAAGUAGAGGUCCCUUCCUCAUCAAACACCAGUUCUGUCUCCAAAAAGUCAGAGCCAACCACCACACAGCAAUUUAACAACCAACUUACUUUCCCAAAUACACAGACUAUCUUUGACGGAACAUUUAAUGCUUCACAGUGGGGAAUUGUAGACCUCUCCAGCCACCAGCAUCUUUUUAGCAACUUAAAACGUAACUUACCAGGUGGUCAACAGCAACCUGCAGAAGCUGAAGUAAAAGAUGAUAAAAAUUAUUACUGUCGGCUAAAGUAUCUAAUUGACCAUCGCUUUCCUUGUACAAUUUGUCAGAAAUCUUUUAAGCAGUCCUCACAUCUAGUACAGCAUAUGCUAGUUCACACUGGUGAGAGGCCCUAUGAGUGUAAUAUAUGUGGGCGCACAUAUAACCAUAUCUCAAGUCUUAUUCGUCAUAAACGUUGCCAUAAAGAGGAAACUGGGAUUGAAGCAGCUAAUUCAUUGUCAUCGCCAGACAGAGAGACGGCUGCAGCAGCAGCUGUAGUUGCAGCAGCAAUGACCGAAACCACAAUGGAGCCUUCUGAGGUAUCUGUAACUAAUAGAGAACAGUCAAUUGCUAUACAGCAGGAUGGACCAUUUACAUGCAGUCUAUGUUGGAAAGUGUUUAAGAAACAAAGCCACCUUCAACAACACCAGAUUAUACAUACUGGAGAGAAGCCAUUCAGCUGUAGUGUGUGUGACAAGAGCUUCAAUCGUAGAGAGAGUUUGAAGCGUCAUGUGAAAACUCAUUCUGAUUCCAUAAAAGUGCAGUGUGAGGUGUGUGGAAAAGCAUUUCGUGAUAAUAGCUACUUACUUAAACACCAAGCCACACAUACUGGUGAGCGGCCAAACUAUAAAUGUGACUUGUGUGGCAAGACAUAUGCAGCACCCCAGAGCCUUUUACGACAUAAGCAAGUGCAUGAGCAUGGUAUUCCUCAACAGUCCGUUGAUCAGCCAGUAAAAGAGCCUGCUGCUCCAGUCACAUUUCAGUCAACAUCAGUUCUACCCACAGAGGUUGCCCAAAGUGGUCCAGCAACUAUUAGUGUGAUUGAAAAAAAUGGGUCCGAAUUUGACCCUACAUCAGUAAAAGCACAACUAUCUCUCCCAAAUAGUCCAAGCAAAACAUUCUGCUGUGCCGUAUGUGGCCGUGGUUUUGGUAGAAGAGAGACAUUGAAACGUCAUGAACGUAUUCACACAGGAGAGAAGCCCCAUCAGUGUGCAGUCUGUGGCAAACGUUUCCGGGAAUCCUUUCAUCUCACAAAGCAUCAUGUUGUUCAUACUCGAGAACGACCAUACAGAUGUGAGUUGUGUGGAAAGGUUUUUGGAUACCCACAGAGCCUGACUCGCCACAAGCAGAUCCACAGAAUUCAGAUGCCUUGCAUGGUGCCAACUGCAUCCCUACCAGCUGACCGACUCACUUUUGGAUGCACAGAUUGUGGUGAGAGGUUUCCAGACUCCUUCCAACUUAUGAACCAUAAAGAGUUGCAUAUGAGUGAGAAACCCUAUGUGUGUGAUACAUGUGGCAAAUGCUUUGGUUUUAUUGAGAACUUGAUGUGGCAUAAACUGGUGCACCAGACUGCCCAAGAACGCCUCCUUCCUGUAGGUCAGUGUCAAGAAACUACAAGAAACCAGCAGGUAAACUGCAUGGAUAAUUGUCUUCCAAAUGACAUGGUUUCUGGAUCAAUAGUUGCAACUGCUGGAGUACUGACUUCCACAUUUGAGGAACAUCCUAUGAUACAUAGUGUUGAGAGGUUCUCUUGUAGUAUUUGUGGUCAGAGUUUCAAGCACUUCUUGGCAUUAGUAACUCAUAAAUAUGUGCACUUAGUGCGACGCACUCUAGCAUGCAAUGUCUGUGGACAGAACUUUGGUGGAGCCUAUGAUCUGUUACUUCAUCGCAGAACUCACUUGCAGAAGCGUCAUUUCACUUGUUCUGUGUGUGGAAAGCGUUUUUGGGAAGCAGCCCUACUUAUGCGUCACCAACGUUGUCAUACAGAAGAGAGGCCUUACCGUUGCACUGUUUGUGGGCGUGGAUUUUUGCAUUCUUGGUACCUCCGUCAACAUAAAGUAGUACACACUGGGGAGAGAGCUUACAAGUGUGCGUUGUGUAAUAAGCGUUUUGCCCAGUCAUCCAGUUUAGCAGAACAUCAACGGCUCCAUGUUGUUGCACGUCCUCAAUGUUGCCAGACAUGUGGCAAGACUUUUCGGUACCGCUCCAACCUUUUAGAACACCAAAGAGUGCACUUUGGUGAGAAGGUUUAUCGGUGUGAGCAAUGUGGGAAAAGUUUCUUCUACAUUUCUUCAAUUUUGCGUCAUCAGCGUUCUCACAAUGCUAAACCCGAACUUCGCUGCUCUUGUUGUGAGAAGCUCUUCAAGGACCCAAAGUAUUUCAGCAAACAUGUGCAAACCCACCAGGGUGGACGUCCUUUCAAAUGUGGAGCUUGUGGUGAGGCUUUCAGCAAUACUUAUGGACUAAAAAAGCACCGGCAUGCUCAUAAAAUGGAAAAACUUGCUGCUGCAACUGCCCUUGUUGAAAAAUAGAAAUAUUUAUCUUUUUCCUAUUUACCUGCAGUUUAUUGGAAACAAUUCCCUCCCUUUUUCCCCCCCCUAUUUCACUUUUCAAGAAUUUAAUAAAUGGAGUCAGGUUAUUAGUAUUAAGUGGAAAAUACUAUCUGUGGAAAAACCCUUCAUUUAGGUAUAGAUAGAGAUUGCAGAUUCCUAACAUGAUGAGUAACAUCUGUGCUGACAGAUGUUUAUUAAGCACUUUCACAUUUUGACUUGGAGCAAAGAGAUUAAUAAGCAUUGUGUUUAAAUGCUAUUAGAAUUAAUCUGUUAUUUAGCAGUGUUAAACCUUUACAUUCUGAAAUAUGAAAUAACAUUCACCUAAAAAAAAUAAGAAAUUAACAAAAUAUGUUAAAAA